GGCUGGCGGCUCGUCACUGGCCGUCUGUUGUUCGCCGUUGCUCCAGAGCACCAGCGCCUGUGACAGUGGACAGCUUUGAUUCAUGCUGUGGAGGAGCCUCGUUUUGGGAUUUGCAGAAUAGUUAAUGCGUCGAGAACUGAGCGCAUGAAGGAGGAGAAGAUGAAUGUGGAGGCUCUAAGCAGAGCGGAGCUCCUGACUCUCCUCAGUGUCCUGGAAGGAGAGCUGGAGGCCCAGGAUGUGGUCAUACAUGCCCUCAGGGCUCAGCACAGAGACGCCUUCGUCCAGGAGCGCUACGCUCAGUACGACCUCAGCGACCCGUUCCUGGCUCUGCAGCGCGACGCCGAGGCCGGCGAGCGGCAGGACGCGCCGCGGCCGCGCCGCGCGGCGGGCGCCAACCCGCUGGCCGUGCUCAAGCUGGUCAUGGCCCACUGUAAACGGAUGCAGGACAGGAUGCUGGGACAGCUGGCGGCUGCAGAGAGCAGACACAGGAAGAUCAUAGCCGACCUGGAGGAGGAGAAGCACCUGCGCGCCCUGGAGUCCGCGCAGAACGACGACUUCACCUUCAUGCUUCAGACAGAAAGGGAAAAACUCCUGAAACAGCUGGAUUCGGAGCGUGCAGCCGUGCACAGGCUGGAGAAGGAGCAGGCCCAGGCGGUGAGCAAGGUGGAGCAGUCACUGUCCCAGCAGCAGCAGCUCUCCUCAUCUCUGAGCCUGGAGCUGCAGAGAGCCAGCAGCCAGGCCCAGCAGGAGGCGCAGCGGGUCCACGAGCUGCGCUCCUCGCUCCAGGAGCAGACGCGCACGCUGGAAAACCUCCAGGACGCCCUUGAAAACGAGAGGAGCAGGGCGGCCGAGCUGGAGGCGCGCUGCGAGAGGCAGCUGGCCGAGUUCGGCGCGGAGCGCGAGCAGAUGACGGCCAGGAUCGGCGAGGAGGAGGAGCGGAGCCGGGAUCUGGAGCGACAGGUGAAGGAGCUGAGGAGGAGGUUGGUUGACGGCUGCAAAGAAGAGGCUGUGACGGAGGAGAAAGGAUGCCGUUCGAAGACGGCGCUGGUGUCCACCUCUGUUCAGACUGAGGCGGACGGGAAGGUGAACGUCACCCCGAAAUCCAUCGCUCUGUCAAAGGUGAGCGGGCAUCAGACUCACAAGGAGACUGAGCCGAAACAGGAGGCGAGAGGCGCCGAGAAUGGAGGGGUGCUCGAGAAUGGAGGCGCCGCCCCCCCGCAUUCACCUGUUCACCCUCACCCCCACCCUCAUCCUCUGUCUCCCUCCAGUACCGCUUCCUCCUCCCUCUCCUCCUCCCCCAUUUCCUCCCCCGUUCUUGCCAAGCGCCUGGGCAGCCCAGGCUUCCUUCAGUCGCCCUUCCAGACCGGGGCGAACCAGCGGUUCCAGGCCGCCAGGCACAGGUUCCAGAGCCAGGCCGAGCUGGAGCAGCAGCAGCACGGCGGCCCGCUUUCCCCCAGGGACCUGUCCCCCACCACCACCUCCACUCCUCCUCCGCCGGAACACAGCGCGGCUAAGCAGCUGGCCCGCAACACCGUCACUCAGGUGCUGUCCCGCUUCACCAGCCAGCAAGCGGGGGUCAAGCUGGUGCCAAUAAGCAGCUCCCCGUUCGGUACUGACUACCGCAACCUGGCGGCGUCCCCCACUGGGAGCAGGUCGCCUUCUUCAGGGCCCCUCUCUCCCGGCAUCCGUUCCCCACUCACCCCUCGCUCAGAGCGGACCCAUCCCCCUCCCAUCCCCCCCAAGAGGCCAGGCAUGAGUCCGACUCCGGGGUCUCCGAGUCACUCUGUUCGGACCAGCCUCUUCCCAGAGCUGACUGGGAACUGUGGACACAGCAAAGGGCAGGAGGGAGCCAAGGAACCGGACCUGGUUUUAUCCUCCAGCAGCUAGUGACCAGGUUUUACAAACCAACUGAUACAUACGUACAUAAAUCAACAGUUACUGUAUUAUUAUCGUCGCUAGUCCCCAAACCCACUUUGAGAGUACUAAUUACUACUAAUCAGUGCUAUAUACAAAUGCAAUCUCACCCCUACCUCUAUAACGCUAACUGAGAAACAAUCCGUCUGAAAUUAAAUAUAGUAUGUUAGAAAUUCUUUUAUUACAUUCCCUGAAUUUAUUUCUUUAUAGAGAUUUUGUGAGUUUAAAAUAUUAGAAAUAUUACAAUAAAAUAAUUUAUCUUAGUUAUUUACCACUGUAUACAAAAUGAAAACAUUUUACUGUCUAAAGGACUAAGGACUGUUGACAGAAUAAGUUUGAUAGAUUUUAUAGUUCAGCACUAUUUCCCUUUUCCUUGAAGCUCAAACUGCCAAUAAAAACCCCAUUUAUAAGUAGAAGGGCUAAAGUAUGUAAGAACCUGAAUAAUGUGUUUUACAAGAUGAUUAUGCAGUUAUUGUAAAUACUGUCCAGUAAAUCAUUGUACUUAAUAUAAUUUUAAAAAUUCCCAUUUGAUGUCUGAGUGACCAUCACAUGCACCUGAACACACUGUAGAAUGUCUCGAAAAGGGAAAAGCACACUUUGCACUACAUUACCGUAAAUACUGUAUAUCUGCAAUGUCAGCAUUUUUUUAAUCAGGGAAGGUUAAUUCCUGCUUUACCCAGACUGUGUAAAGACUGCCGUGAUCAUCAUGUCCCAUCGAUGAUCUUGAGACUUUACUCUAGCGACUUCAACUAUUGUUUCACUCUCGUCUUUACUAUUCAGUGUACAGUACAUAAUGUUGUGUCCCAACAGUUCUACGCUUCAGAUGUUUGUUCUGGUGUUUUUUUAAAAAGCAGACUUGUUUAAACCACUUUCAAUCUGUACUUUUAUACAAUGUGAGUGACAUUGUCACUUAUCUGUCUCUAUCUGUGAUUAUGCACAUCAUGAACACAUGCAGCACUGUUUCUUCACUGUUUCUGACGCCUUACAGCAUGUCAAAGGUUUCUAUUAAACAGUCUCAACUGGA